CCGCAAUGGGACGGGGGAGUCGCUCUGUUACGGAGUAAGUCGCGUCCUGGCAGGCGCUUCCCCGUUUCGCUUUUGGCCGCGAAGGGAUGGGGGCCCGAUCGUCGCGGCUCCGCGGGGGCUCCGGGUCAUGAAAGGCAGACCCCCGGCAGGGAGCUCCGCACCUGCCGCUGCACAGGGACUGCUCGGAGCGGCGAGGCUCCGCUUAGCUCAGUGCUAUGGACAGUGCAAUCACAUUGUGGCAGUUCCUUUUGCAACUCCUCCAAGAGCCUCGGAACAAGGAAAUCAUCUGUUGGACCUCCAAUGACGGAGAAUUCAAACUUCUGCAGGCAGAAGAGGUAGCCCGCCUCUGGGGGAUCCGCAAGAACAAGCCCAGCAUGAACUACGACAAACUCAGUCGGGCACUUAGAUACUAUUAUGUGAAGAACAUCAUCAAAAAAGUUAAUGGUCAGAAGUUUGUUUAUAAAUUUGUGUCUUAUCCAGAGAUUCUGAAUAUGGAUCCAUUAGCAGUUGGCAGGAUUGAGGGUGAUGUCGAAUUGCAGGUUGGCUUUGUAGAUGCCAGUAACUCUACAAAGGACUCGGAGAACUGUGGGAAGGAGAAGUCUCAGUCCUGUGCCAAGUCCUCCUCCAGCCGCAACGAUUACAUUCACUCAGGCCUAUAUUCAUCAUUUACUUUGAACUCCCUGAAUUCCUCCUCUUGCGUAAAACUCUUUAAGCCAAUCAAGAUGGAGAACCCAACAGAGAAACUGGCAGAGAAAAAAACUCCUCAGGAUCCAACACCUUCAGUCAUAAAAUUUGUGACCAUGUCCUCCAAAAAGCCUUCAGUCUCUCCCCUUGUUUCUGCUACUCAACUGGCUUCUACCACAAUGGCAGCUUCUCCCCUUCCUUCAAGUUCAGAUGAAACUCUCCAAGCCUUGGAGUCUCUAGUGACACCAAAAGUAACUCCAGUUGAAACUUCAGCACCCUUGCCAAGCUUAACUGCCAACUUCACGCCUCCGUUGCUUACGUCCUCCGCUUCUCCAGCUCUGCAGGCUCCCACAAAGUCACCUUUGCCAUCUUUAAGUUCCCAUUCUGAUCUGGUUAUAGACACAGAGAUAGAGUCAGUGGCUUGCCAGGGCCCGGAACAUUCUCAAGUUCAAGCUCCGGAGUCUAAAGAGCAGAGUUCAUCAGCGCUAGAGAAGGAGUUUCGUCAUACACGAACUAGGAAGCCUAAAGGACUGGAAAUAGCUCCCACUCUGGUCAUUACUGGCAGUGACCCAAGUCCCCUGGGGAUACUGAGCCCUUCUCUCCCAACUGCUUCUCUUACACCAGCACUUUUUUCACAGACGCCUAUUUUGCUGACUCCAAGUCCUUUGCUGUCCAGCAUCCAUUUCUGGAGCACACUCAGCCCAGUUGCUCCUCUCAGUCCAGCAAGAUUGCAAGGUGCUAACACCCUUUUCCAGUUUCCAUCGGUGCUGAACACUCACGGACCAUUUACUGUGUCAGGAAUGGAUGGGCCAUCUACUCCUGGGCCUUUCUCCCCGGACUUACAGAAGACAUAGUAUGGGCUUAUGGGAAAAUGACAGAUUGGGAAACAAGAGGGUGAGAGUUCAUCAAAGUGAUGCAAUCAUUUUUAACAAGUGUGUUCAGUUCCACAGAGACUGAGCUGAGUCGAUUUUUGCCAUUCCCAGUUCAAAUGCCUUUGUGAAAAUUUCCUUCAAGAUGUGAGGGAAUUUGUGUGGAAACGCCUUAAUUGGAGUCUCGCCUCCAUGUUUUCUCUUCUCUGAUUAUUUUGGUUUAUCACAGAAGCGCACAACUGAAGUAGUUACAUGGCCCUUAAUGGAUCUUGACUGGAAGUGGGCCACCCUAUCACUUCACCUGGCUUCAUUAUGGCCCAUAACUGUUUGUCUUGAGGGGGGCGUGUUUCAAACCAGUGGGGAAAUUGAAGGAGGAGGGCAGAAUGCCAGCUGUUUGCCCAGAAAACAGCUGACCCCCCUCACCUCAGGAGAGCGGAAAUUUUUUACUGUAUCACAUGGUAACAACACAGUGAGAAGCUUCUAGGAGUGUGUAUGUUAACACCUCCAGCCUCAUGGGAAGGAGCUAUAGGAUGCACAGCAUGACCCCUCUAGGCUGUUCAUUGUGCACCUGUGGUUUAAUGAGACUUCUUUUGGUAAAGGGGAUCUUCUCUUUGGAUUCAGUGGUUGAAUCUAUAGUGCCUGCAGCAGACAAAGCCUUCCCUUUUGACUGGUAACUGACUGUGCUUGGUUUGAUAAUCUUAACCAUUAUUGGAAGCUGGCAUUCCCAGAAAUUCUUGGGAAAAGGGGGUUUUCUGGCCUUGCUUUUAGGGUUGACGACUUCUGUAAGAAUGCUACAGGAAUCUGCAAGAAUCUGUUAUUUCCUUGCACAGAGACAUUUAUGGUGGUAUAGGAGAGUAUCAGACAAUCUUUUCAGGGUGUUGUCUAUAAAGAAUAUGUAGCUUGGUGUGCUAUAGCAAAAGAUUUAGUCAUUUUCCAAGAAGAACACAUGAUUCUGUGAGCUGAAACAGUAAAACUUUGCAUAGAUUAUAGAACGAAUUUCUUGAGUAUUCUAAAGAUAUUUGAGUAUUGUAAGUCAAAAUAGUUCUUGUUAGGCAAUAAAUCUCCUCUCUGAUAUCUAGCAUAGAAACUGACUCUUUAGCAAAUCAUACCAGCUGAAAAUCCCUGUAAUGGGUGCUUUGUGGCCAUUUAGGAUGGAUCACAUAUGUGUCAGGCUUUGUGUAUAGUUUUCUUGCCUUUUUAGAAUGUUAUAUGCAGACUUGACACUGGGGAAACAAGCACUUAUGUUUUGUGCCCCUCUUUCCCGCCAACACUAGGGAGACUUCUGUUCUUUUGGCUCCUGCUGGAAUGGGUUGUGCAAUGUUCUCUUUAAAUCAGAGAAAUAACUGGGCUGAAGUUUUGGGCAUAUAGAUGCUCCUAAAACUAAAAAUAACUUGAAGUUAUUGGAAGAGUUUCUUGUUACAUGAGAAGGGGUGUGGGUGGGAAGGUUGACAUGAGCGCUUUAUAGUCUGCAGUAGCUUAAAGUGGCUUUCAGACUGCACUUAACUUUGUGGCAUGGUAACGGUUAACCCCUCCUGAGCUGUGGGGGCAAUUCAAACUCUCUUCUAAUUGGUCUAGGGCUUGCUAAUGGGCAAGUUUUGUUUCCUUAUCUAGAGGUGGAAAACACAUUUGCAAAUUGUGUGCGUAGGCUCCCAAGGUAUCUUAUAGAUACUCUGAGUACCACAGAAGUUCUACACACAUACCAUGUUUGGAUCCAGGGAACAGCUGCCAGUGCUAUCUGUAAUUUUUGAAAGCACCUUAAGACCUGCAACGUCAAAUAGACACUUGUUAGAAAGUUAAGAUAAAUACCAGAAAAUUGGUCUGAUAGUUUUGCUUUGCUUUUUGGCUUUGGAAGGGUAACACGUGUCCAUUAGAACUAUAACUAUGACAGUCCCUUUUAGGAGCAAUUUCUGCAGAGGAUAUCCUCAAGACUCACUGUACAAGAGGAAAAAGCACUUGAUUUUUGUUUUAUUUUGAUCCCUAUAGAAUCGUGACAUGUCAUCUCAAGAACUGUGCAAAAGUUAAACUGUUGGCCUCUUCUUCCAAAAAUGCCUCUCUUCAAAAGUAUGGUAGGAGGAAAAGAAUUUGUACCUAUGGAUGGACGCCCAAGGCAAACAUGGCGUGCACAGUCUGUUGUCAGGGGCACAUUACUGAUUUCUUUUCCAGACAUCCUUUGAUAAUGGUUUAAAAGGCCCUUUCUGGUUAUGCCUAAAUUGAAUGUGCAAUAUUUUAUAGGCUUUUUAAUAGAGCUGUGCAGAAAAAUAGCUUCAAGUAGUAAACGAGAGGAGACAUUUUGCAUUCUUCUGUUUGCACAGCAGCUCAUGUGCUGCCUCCGGGUCAAAUGUAAUACCAGCAUCUUUUAACAGCUGUCAUUCUAGCCUGUCUGCUUUUGGCAUGUGUGUCAGGUCAAAGAGAUCUUGAAUUCUCUGCUUUAAAAACUCUCUCACUUUAAAAUUCCUUCUUGAGAUGGGCAGCAAUUAAAUUUUCUUUCCAGUUCCUGCUUCACUUUUCCUCCACCAGUGGGGAAAAAAACCAAAUUAUCUUUUUUCAGAUAUAGUUCUUAUGCAGUAGCGUGAAACAUCUGCGCAGUAUUUUUAGAUGCACAAAUGAUGCAAAACUUAGAUCAUCUUGGUAGUAGUUUUGUAAAAUGAACUGCUGUAAGCGAUAAUGGGCAGAAACGGAAUGACGCCACCUCAAUUUCUGGUGAUUUGGUGGAGCUUUGUAGCUUCAUUUUAUUCAUCCAUUGCAUUUCUGUGUGAUCAUGAACCUUCCUUUAGUAGUAUUUAGAUCUUAGAAGAAAAGAGAAACUUUGAUCAAGGAGUUCCUACAAAUGGACCCUUUAAUUCAGGUGAUGGUAUGGCAUUAAUCUGGCAACCAGAAAAAUAUUGUAAGAUCUAGGAAUAAUUAAAAAAUUUUAAAUAUGCAGAGAGGGUUACUGGGGCAUCUAGUUCCCCCCCCCCCCAAUAGGAAAGAGAACACACCAUUUUAGCAUGUGGACAUGUACUUCUAAAACCAAGCUCCAGUAAUUGCUUUUUAACCUGUGCUAGAGCUUCUUUACCAUUCUCUAUCGAUAGUAAGAGGGCAGAAGUAAAGCCUGUUUCAGUCUUUGAACAGCCCAUUUUAGUGAGGCUCUCUCUUUUUCGCUGCCCAGGAAAGAAAGGAUGUGUACAGCUCUGGUAGCCUAGGUGAGGGGACCUGUGUCCUUUUCCUUCUACUGUGGUGUAGAGUGGAGGGCGAUGGAACAUGAUCCUCUCACUGAAAGAGUGGAGGCUGUAUUGCAUCGUGAAUUCCUCCUCAGGCUGUCAGAUGCACCCUUUAUCUGCCGUCCAUCAAGGCAUCCUUGAACAAGAAUGACAUUUUCCUCAAGGGUAAACUCAUUAACUGUGCAUGUUGCUUUUGGGGGUUCAAGGGCUACCUUAAUUGCACCAAGACUAUGGGAAACAGACAUGGGGUUUGUGUUGGGGAAAGAGGGUGAAGGGAACAGCAGCCUUGUUGAAGCAAUAAGUGGCUGGGUCAGUUCAGCUGUGAAAGGCAUCUAGUGCAGACUGGUUGAGCUGUGUGGUCCUAGUGUGCCUUUGUGUCCAGCCCCCUUUGUUUUCCUUAAUGUAGAUGUCUGUAAAAUGAAAAUGAACCCAGUGAUUUGCUGCUUUGGAAUUCCUGCUUAGCUGUAAGCUGUUUUCUUCUAGGAAAGGUCUUCUGUGGCAAGGCACACAAGAGGCAGAGCAUCAGGGAGCAAAAGUUACAGACUAAAGCCCUUAGUACUCUGGGGUUCUGCACAUCUUGAGCAAGGCAGGGGGCAAAAAGAGCUGUCUAUAGGUCCAGUGUACUCUCUUGAAGUAAUUUGGAUACGUUAACUCUUGUCUGUCUGCUCUCCCUAGGAAAUGGUUGGAUUCCUGAUCUUGUUUUUAAAUUCUGAGUUUCAGUAUUGCCCAGAGGCUAAUGUGAAUACAGGUUUUGUGUCUGUAUUUCUGUCAGAUCCAGAGAUGAACAGAUCUCAUUCAUUUGUAUAAAUACUCUUGUCAGUAUGUUAAUUUUUGCAAACAAUCACUCUUCUGCUUGAACAAUAUUUCUGAAGAGUUUGGCUCCCUGUGUUCAAAGCUAACCUUAUAGUCUAACUUAAAGGUCCAAUGCUAUGCUUUUAUUUAUGCACUGCAGAUAAUAGUUGUGUGUGUGUGUGUGUGUGUGUAUAUAUAUGUGUACACACACACACACACACACACACACACACACACACACGUUAUGUGUAUAUAUAUUACUUCAUUUAUACCCUACUCUUCCCCCCAGUGGUGACCCAAAGUGGUUUAAAUUGUCUCCCAUUGUCCAUUUUGUUCUCACAACAACCCUGUAUGGUAGGCUAGGCUGAGAGUAUGUGACUGGUCCAAGGUCAUUAAGAUCACUAAGCAAGCUUUGAUUGCUGAGUGAGGAUUUGAACCUGGCAAUGAAGCUGGCAAAAUAAGGCUGUUUGCUCUUCAUAGUUACAUGAAUAGUAAUUUAGGCAAAGAUUUACUUCUUAAAUCUCAGUGAGAUGGAUUUGGAAUAAUCAGCUCAGAGUAAAUUUCUUCGUAAUGGGUGAAUUCCAAAGUGCCGCAGCAAGAUGUUUAAUGCCAGAUGUGUUAACAAAGAGGCAUGAGCUAUUAGGAAAUUGUCCUACCGGGCUUUUCACAGGUGAUUCUUGAACAGUACUUUAAAAGAGCACUAUAUUUAUAACUGGAAGCAUUUAUCUUCAGGCUGUCCUCGCCCAUGGGAGGUUUCAGAAUGUCAGUCUCUUUGUUUACUUUGUGUAAUUAGUAAGGGAGGGGCUUGAAUAUGCAAGUUUGUUAGCAGGUCUCUUGAGCUGUGAGCUUUUUAAAAAAUUGCUUGUAUGUUUUGAAACUGUGCUUUAAAGUUGUUGACUUUCAGUCUUGCUGUUCAGUUGCACAGAAUUUUAUAUAUUAGAUAGAUUUAAAAAUAAAUACUUUGUAAACCUUGUAUGGAAAGUCUUGUUUUUAAAGAAAUUUUAAAAUAUAGUUUGUAUUUUUACUGCAGUGUUACCAGAUGGCCUUAUGUACGUCACAGUGCUUGUGAUGGGUACAGUAGCAUACUUAAUGCUUUUGUUUGCUAUAUUGUAUUUACAUUUAGUAUUCCUGCAUCUUUUAAGCAAGGAAAGUCUGGGGAUUGGGUGGGGGGAUGGGACCAGAACCUACAUUGCUUGAUCUGUAUAUUGCAAUGCAGGAAAAUGCUCAUAAAAUGAAAGCCACUAGCUAAACUAUGGCUAAGGAACAAGUGAGUUGACUUUCAUUGCUCUAAAAUACUGGUAAGUUCCUGCCAGAAUGGUGAUAAACUCUUCUUUGUUAGCUUAUACAGGCACGGUUUAGUUGCAGUCCCUUGGAAGGUGGGGAGCUUGGAUGUUCCCAUUGAAUGGGCAGGCUGUGCACAGUACACCUACUUAACAUAACAGGAUCUCAGUGGACUGAGCUCUUCGGUCGUUCAGAAAUGACACAUCCUGCUGAAUUCUUCUACUCAGUAGAAUUUGCUUGUUCUGGCAUUGGACUGGUGUAGCAGAGGGCAAGACAUGAAUUUGUAAUUGUCACGUUGAUGUUAAACAAGUGCUGUCAUCAUCGGUUCCCUUUUUCUUGAUUAAUUUUCCAGAAGCUUUUUUACUUAGUAUGGCUCUGACUUGACUGUCCACCUGCUGGCUAACUGGAGAUGGACCAGGCUGGCUGAUGCAGGAAACAGCAAUGGGACUGGCAUUUGCAGGGUCCUCUGUUUCUACUCCAAAGAGCCACCUAUCGGACUGGCGGAAGGGAAAGAGAAGCCUCCUGCUGUAAUGUCCAGUCCAUUUCCCAGGGCCCUUUCACUGAUCGCUGUAAAGGAAAUAAAAUUGUGUCAAGCUCCUUCUACCCUACUGCUUGCAGCUGGGCCGGGGGGGGGGGGUAAGUUGUUAGCCUAGUCCAUAAGGGAAGGAGGUGUUUCGGUCUGCAGCAUCUGUGUAGCCUGGAAUAUCAAAGGGAAAGUUUAGUUCAUCAAGAAAUGGAAAAUGCACGCAAUUCACGUGCCUCCAUAUAUACUUGCCAAUAUGGUAUGUGCUCUUUUUGAGGAUUUGGCAGUCUGUCUAAUUGGGUUUUCUCAAUGUUUGGCAGGUAUUUAGCCUACAGAUACAACAGUUGUGAAGUUAGCUGGGGAGAAAAGUAGCUUUUUGGCGUCUUGCUCCCUUAAAAAAAUGAAAUUCUGUAUCUUUUCUAUAUCCAGUUUGCUGAUGCCAUUGUGUAAAAAUUAUGCCAGUAGUCCUGUUCUCAUUAUAGUGAGUGCAUGUACAUGUUUUAAGGAAGAGCUAACAAGCAUUCACUUUAUAAAUGAAGCGAGGGACCAGGACCUGGAUACAAGUGGGGUUUAAAUCACAUGUUCAGCUAUACCUGUGUUGAUUGUAACAUGAGAAUUAAUCAGUGCAUGUAUAAAGAAAAAAUCAAGUGUAUGCUGUACAUGCACUCAGUGUAAGUUGUGAACAGGUCUAGUAUGUAAUACAGUUGUAUAAGUAGCCAAAGUUUUAAGAAAAGUCAGUGUUAUUAAUUUUGUUGGACUGUAAGCAUCUCUGGGUAACAUAUUAGGGAGACCUUCAUAAUGUUGUGAUGCUGGUUAGAAGGUGAAAUGUGCUUCUGUGGAAAGUGUUUUAUUUGGGGGAGCAUGUCAGAUUUGACCAAGAAUUGUCCAGAGUUAGUCUUAAAGUAGUCAUGGGUUGCAUGGUAAUUUCAUUUGCUGGACUGAUAAUGCUUUCAAAGGAUAGUGUAUCCGCUGUUUGUUUUUACAUCUAAACAUAAUGAAGGUCUUUCCUGAGAAAUCAGGUGACUUUUUCUAUUGGUUAGAUUUUCUGUGCAGAAAAAAAAAGUUAUGGCAUUUUUUAAAGAGUUUUUUGUGGGAGAGGAGUGUUAAAAGAACAGACAGAGGGAUUUGCUUUGUAUAAUAAUGCAAGUUGAAUUUAAACCUUGUAGCAAAUUAUGUUAAGUAUGUGCAACCAAACUUGCAAAACAAUUGUAUUUUUUUAAAUAAAUAUUUUUAACAAAA